AUGCUGGCAGGCCACGAUUCCAAAGCUCAUGGCAUGCAGUAUGGGUACUCGUACAGCGAAGCACAACAGGCAUGUCUGGACACAUGCAGCGCCGGCUCACCCCGUCCCCACAACCGUUACCUCCCGGGGCUGAGCUCCGCUAGCAGGCCUGGCCCGGCUCUCCUCGCACGCGGUGCCCGCCCCGCACCUCCCCCAAGCCGGUCGCAGGAUGCUGACGCUCCGCCGCCUCCGCCCCCGCCAGCCCUGCUUGGACCUGCGAGUUACGGGCGACCGUGCCCGGCUCGGGCAGCCCGGCUCCCAGCGUCGGUGUCUCGCCCCCGCUGCCCGCCCCAGCCGCCCGCCCUCAGCGGGGCCGGGCACAGGGAGCCCCGCGCCUGGCGGCUGCUGCGUGGGGGGCGAGGGACGUGCAGCCGGUCCGUGCCUGCGGUGAAACGAGAGGUCCCUACGGGUGGUGGGUGCCUGGGCAGCCCUUCCCAACAACGGCUUCUUCCCUCCGAGCACCUCCGCGGGCGGCCCGCAGCUAGCGAUGAACCCGGGGAGGAUCUCAUGUUCGUCAAGUGUGGGAUUGCAGUGAUGUGGAGAGCCGGAGGUGCCCCGGUGGCGCGGGGCUGGAGUGGGGAGCUGCACGGGAGGAGGAUAUCACCUCAUCUGCUGCUCCCAACAAGCCCAGGCCACCUGGCAUGGGAGGGCGCGGGCACAGCAGCAUGUGAGUCACUUUGGACGUGCAGGACGGGGACGGAGAGAGUGUCUCCAGUGCAUAGAAAUUAUAGAACGAGACAGAAGGAGCCUUCAGUACCUCCUCAGUAUGCUUUUUUUCUGGGUGAAGAAAACCACCAGAAGAUAAGAUUGUAAUGUUACAAUAUGCUCUUAGUAUUUUUUGUAUUGUUCUACAUUAAAAAUAACUCUGAUGAGUGUUUUACAUUAAAAGAAAAAAAAACAACACAACUAGAACUUGGCAAAAAGAAGAAAGAGUGUUGCAGCUCUGAUCAUCCAGGAAUAUGACAUGUAUUUUGAGGACACUGGGUAUGAUUUUACACUUACAUUCACUGAAUACUUGCAUAGGAGGGCUUUACCUGUAGCUUACACUGUCCUGAAGAAUGAGCAUUGUGUGAAACUAGUGAAACACAGGGGAAGAUUUUCUGAGGUUAAAAAGGCAGAGGGGACUUAGAGAGGAUUUGUUCUUUGAUCCCGGAGAUAAGGGACCAGACUUGCACAGACGCUGAGCCCCUGACUUCUGCAGAUCCGUGUGCUCUCACUCUACCUGGAAUAACUGGGAAACCUGGACGGCAGCCAAACACAGUGCAUUUUUAUUUGAGGCAGUCUAUUCUUUUUAGUUUGUAAUGGUUUCCAAUGUAUUUUUUUUUUUCCUAAAGCUAAACAGUUCUGUAAGCUGCAUUCUUCUUGUCCUGGUGCUGAGGGCACUGCUUGUGGUGCUGAAAGAAGUGCUGUGGGGAAGUUUCUGUCCAUCUCCGACACAACUCCAAUACAGCAGUGCUCUUAACUGCACGAUCCGGGUGUGGGGAUGAACUGUGAGAUAAAUGCCUUACAGAGAAAGAUAAAGAGACCGUUAUGUGAAGAUGAAGGGCAGCUCAAGAUUGUCAUUCACUUUAUUUCUGCAAAAUUGAAUUCUGGGCUGCAUUAGAGCUUUGGGACAAGCCCUGCACAGCAACAGAGUCACCGUUUUCCUAAAUUUAAGGUGACUUUCAGAGGGGUCAGAUGCCCUUCUGCUCCCAUCCCCACAGGGAAAUGAACCUGUCUUCAAUAAAAUUAUUGUACUUUCUUUGCA